AUGGCUGCCCCUUCAUCUGGAGUUAUCAUAGACAUAAAGAAAGAUACCAAUGGACAAGGAUCCAUUACAUAUCCUUCUGGAGUAUCUCCUAAUCAGGUUAGGCUGGAGAAAUCUGAGGAUCCUGCUAGUUCUGGCUUCUGGAAAUUCACUCACAAGCCACCCAGUGAAGACUCUUUCACCGUAGCACAGGUUGUGUUUGGAAGUAAUACAGUUUCAGACAUAGGAGUUAAUCCUAGUGAUAAUAUCCAACACCUAUCAGUAUGGUACUGGAAGGGAGACCAGGGAAUGACGAACCCUCUUCUCGCAGAAGUACUCAAAGAUGGUAACUAUGCUUACAACUAUAACAAGGGAGGUGGCGAUAUCCAAUGGAGUCCAGCUGGAACUAAUCCACUCACCGGUAAGACACUUGAGACUCAACUUGAUGGUCUUAACUGCAAACUUAACGAUGCUGUCACCAUAAAUCUCACCUUUCAAAAUUCUAGCACUCUUUCUGAGACUCAUGCUAAGAAUAGUGGUAGAAAGGAUAAUAAGUACUGUUGCGAUUACCAUAAUCCUAAUGCUACUAGCGGGAGGGUCUCUGUUACUAUUGAUAAAGUUCGUUGUAAAGAAAAGGGUCAUAAAAGUGCCGACUGCUACAAACAUACCAUCGAUUCUGGUGGCUAUAAACUUGCAAAGAUUAAGUACAAUGGCAGAGAUAGAAAAAACAUAAAAGGUCCAGAGUUAAACUUUCCCAUUAAAGGUCCUGUUAGCGUCUAUGUAUUAUACUGCAAUCACAAUCCAGUUCUUAUUUAUGUUAAAGGAGAUAGGCAAAACAAGUGGUAUCAGAAGCCUGCUAGUAAUGGUGCUACAGAUGAACAGUGGACAGAAGUAGGAAAUCUCGGAGGCAUAACACCCAUAAAGUUUGGAAGUCUAAACUGUCAACAGUGGAAUAGACUUAGAGAGGAACUACAGAAGGCUGGAUGUAGAAGCUUGGGAACAUGUCCUCCACCUCCUAAACCUCCACCACCGCCUCCACCGCCACCAUCUCCUCCUAAACCUGCUACUCUAGGUCAACAAGACUCAGGCGGUCCUGGAGGAGCUACUGCUGCUCUUUCUGUUGAAGGAGACUCUGGUGGUAAUGAUGGACCUAGAGGAGAAUCUGAUAGAGAUGGUGAAGCUGCUCCUCCUACUCCUCAACAAAAAUCUACUCCUACUUCUCAAGCCGUUACUGGUUUUGAACUUCCUCUUGUUGCUACUAUUGGAUACUUUAUUGCUGGAACUACAGGAUCCGGCGCAGCUGGUUUCUUGGGAUAUAAGGGUUAUAAGAAAUGCAAUGUCGAAUUAGUACCAAGCAACGAUGGCCUAGUGUUUUAUACGAUUGAGGAUGUUACGGACUCCAUAAUAAAUCUUCUCUACACGAGGGGAGGAAGGGUUCCUAUUUAUGAACUUUCCACACUCUUGAACGUACAGGAGGAUUAUGUAAGUCGAGGAAUACAGACAAUACUUGGAAGGAAGGAUAAUAAUCUUUUACUUGUCCAUGGAAUCUUGUUAACUUCGACUUACAUAGACUCUCUUACCCGUUCAAUAGAUGAUAGAGUCCAAGAAUGUGGAACUGUGGAUUUGACGGAGCUUUCCAAAGAGUUUAAUCUUCCGUUAGAUCUCCUGAGGGAUGCUGUUAAAAAGACGAAGAUGCAAGCGAGUCUUUCUGGAAACACACUUGUCUCUCACACCUUUGAGGAACGUAGGAAAAAUAAUGUGAGAGCAGCUCUUGCUGCCAUAACAAUACCAAUAAAGGUACAUGAUUUGUCGAGAAUCACUGGGAUAAGUUCGAAUAUUGUUGAUUCAGUUCUCCAUAGCUACAAGGGUGGUACAUAUAAAAAUGGAGAAUAUACCCCAAAGUGCUAUCUGGAUUCUGUAGAACGCUUCAUAAAACAAAAUUACUCUCAAGCUGGUUAUAUAGAGAAGUCACUUGUCCAGCCUUAUUCGCAUGUGAAUGCGGAAUACAUUAAGAAGGUGUGCACAGAUUCAAUGGCAUUGUCAAACAUUUAUAUAAACUCUGCAUUAACCUCCCCUGUAUCAGUACUCGUAAACGAGGCUGUUUCUGGAAGAACAUGGAGAGAAGUGACAUCUAUGCUUCCAUCUGUAUUGGAUGAAAAGGACUGGAGUGUAUUGCUCAAAAAUGCCAAGGGAAUUCUUAUUGAAUCUGUAUUUGUAUCUGAAGGAUUUUUAGAGGAUCUGAAAGAACAUAUAAAAAAGAAUAUUGAUACAAAAAAUGAUGACACAUCUUCUCUAGAGAAUUUAGUCGAUUCCUUGUUAUCUUCUGGAGAUGACCACUUUUCUGAACUCCACAUGUUAUACCCAUCGCAACUUUAUUCGCAAAUUGAAGCACAUAUUAAAAAGGCGCUUGAAAGGAAGGCUGCACAACCCGUGCAAACGAAAAAGAAGGGAGUAGAUUUGGAAGCGCUGAAACAACAUGUUAUGCGCUCAGAGUUGACCAUUAAAACUCUCUCCAAACUUGGAGUGGAGUCAACACUGCUAUUGCAGAACCUCGCCAGAGAAGUUCUCACGCCUGCAUUUCACAUGCUACUUGAACAUCAUCUACAAGGGUUUGGUGAUGAGGUACAGGUGAAUGCACAAAAUAGGACUUCUCUUGUUGAAAAGGUGGUUGAUAAAGAGGUCAAGGCAGCAUGUAAUGACUACAUAUCUGGAAUAAGAGGUAAAGAUGCUACAGCUUGUAUGGACGCUUGCAAUUUACUCUGCAAGUACAUGUAUAUUAAUUGCAAUGUGAAAAAGGAGAGUAAGCCAUUUAUUAGGGCAGAACAAAUGGCUCACUUACAAAAGAUGUCUUCAUUCACUUGUGUAGAUUAUGCAAAUGUCUGUCUUAGUGCCAUCAUGUUGACCCUUCUCAAGAAUAACCAUUACAUUUACAUGAAUGAGAAGACAUGGUGCCUCAAGGAAGUUUGCGGAUCGUUAAAAACAGUCAUGGAGACGUGCAGCGUUUAUACACAAAUUUUGGAGGUUGUGGAAGGAAUAGAUGACCCACAAGAAGGUACGUUUAUAGAUUUUAUGUACAUCACACUAAUAUAUACAUUGUGCUCCAUUAAUUUUAUCUCUAGAGAAAAAGCUCCAAGAUGCCACGGCAGCUAUAAUAGAACACUUUAA